AAGAAAUCAACAUCACACAAUACACAACGCAGCGGUGUAUGCCACACGUUGUCCGCCGUCGUCGUUGUCGUCGCAGUUGUUGUCGUAGUAGCACUAGUAGUAGCAGUUAUUGUUGUUGUUCUCGACGCUGGGGGCAGCAUCAUCAACAUCAGCAGCAGCAGCAGUAGCCGCAGCAGCCGGAGCACUCGCAUCUCUUGGGUCUCUUGGGGUCCAAAGCUAACAAACUAUUCGGUUGCCCAUGGUCGUCGUAUUCAGCUCGUCGCUGCCAGAAACGCUCGACCGCCCACCACGGCGCUCGUCCGGCCAAUUGACAGCUCGUAAAAAUCGUAAAAAUAAUCAUAACAAUAAUCGUAAAAAAAAUUAGAACCGCAACAGUCGCACAUUGGCCGCAGCCAGACGCAGACACUUAAACGCGACAAACAAACACAACAAAAAAAAAAAAGCAAAAGCAAAAGAUAUAAAAACUCAAACAGAAGAAACGCGCGCGCUUCUCUCUUCUGUUUUUCAAAUUUUUAUGAUGUUGACCCUCAUGGAUACUUAAGUGCGUCUGGCAGGUGUCUGGACACGGUUAACAAAUUGUGCAAUAAGUGUGAAUGAUUGUGAAUUAGCUCGUUACACUCGCCAACAAGUCUCAAGUGCAAAUCAAAGCCGAGUUAACGAGCAGAGUUCGAUUCAAAUGCGCUACGCUCAACAUUUCUAGUCUCCAUAAAUAAAAUCAAGCAAUAUUUACAACAAGCAAAACGUAGCAGACAGCCAAAAAUAAUAAAAAGAAAAGAAAAUCUAAUAAAAAUAAGGAAGCAAAAACGACAAGAAAAAAGUUAACGGUGUAAAAGUUUGAAGCACGUGCAUUGGAGCUAGUUGAAUUUAUAAGCCAGACAGGCGGCUGAAUCACGGAUUUGCACACCCCAAUUGGAUUUAAACGCUUAGGUAAACACGCAAAUGCAAAGCGAAGCAAAGCAGCGCAUCGCACCUGUAGUUGCAGCAGCAUCUACUUAUAGCCAACUACGCUUUGGAUAAACAAUUGGAUUACCUUCUUAGCUAAGCAAAGUAAAUAUCUGUUCGCCAACUUGAAGCAGUUUCAAAAAUCAAAAUUGAGCAAAUUACCAACUAGAGGAUAAGGCUACAAAACUAACGGAUUUUCUACCAAAAGAGAGAGAGAGUGUGAGUUUACAUUGGCCAAUACAGCAAUAAAAGAGGAACAGCAAACGGAAUUAUUUUAUACCUCACACACACACAAACACACACAAUAAGUUUAAGACGCAACUGUACAUUGUACUUAAGUGUUCAAAGCAUAUUUAGUUUACUUUGUAUAUAGGAAAGUAGCUAAAAGCACAAGCAACGUCGAGUCACAGUCACUAGCAACUAAGUAACUCUACACUCACACACACACACACACAAACAAAAUGACGAUGAGUACAAAUAAUUGCGAAAGCAUGACGUCAUACUUUACCAACUCUUAUAUGGGCGCGGACAUGCACCAUGGCCACUAUCCGGGCAACGGCGUCACCGAUCUCGAUGCGCAGCAGAUGCAUCACUACAGCCAGAAUCCAAAUCAGCAGGGCAACAUGCCCUACCCGCGCUUCCCGCCCUACGAUCGCAUGCCCUACUACAAUGGCCAGGGCAUGGACCAGCAACAGCAGCAGGCGCAUCAAGGCUACUCGCGUCCCGACAGCCCCUCCAGUCAAGUGGGCGGCGUCAUGCCGCAAGUGCAAACCAAUGGCGGCCAGCUCGUUUCCGUUGCCCAACAGCCGCAGCAGCAACAGCAGCAGCAGCAAGGCCAGCAGCCACAACAUCCUCAGGUGACGCAACAGAACACAAAUCAGCAUCAGCAGCAGCAUCCUCAGGUGACGCAACAGGUGACACAGCAACAGCCCGUCGUCUAUGCCAGCUGCAAGCUGCAGGCAGCCGUCGGUGGGCUGGGACUGGUGCAGGAGGGUGGCUCGCCGCCUCUAGUAGACCAAAUGGGUGGCCAUCAUAUGAACGCACAGAUGUCGCUGCCACAUCACAUGGGACAUCCGCAGGCGCAGUUGGGUUACACUGACGUAGGCGUUCCCGAUGUAACAGAGGUGCAUCAGAACCAUCACAACAUGGGCAACAUGUAUGGUCAACAGCAGACGGGCGUGCCCUCAGCUGUGGCUCCGCCGCAGGGCAUGAUGGGUCAUCCGGGCGCCGGGCAGGGACCGCCGCAAAUGCAUCAGGGACAUCCAGGACAACAUACACCGCCAUCCCAAAAUCCGAGUUCGCAAUCUUCAGGGAUGCCGUCACCACUGUAUCCCUGGAUGCGAAGUCAGUUUGGUAAGUGUCAAGAGCGCAAACGUGGCCGCCAGACCUACACACGCUAUCAGACGCUGGAGCUGGAGAAGGAGUUCCACUUUAAUCGCUACUUGACGCGCCGGCGACGCAUCGAGAUCGCGCAUGCGCUCUGCCUAACCGAGCGCCAGAUCAAGAUCUGGUUCCAGAAUCGACGCAUGAAGUGGAAGAAGGAGAACAAGACGAAGGGCGAGCCGGGCUCCGGUGGCGAGGGCGACGAAAUAACGCCACCCAACAGUCCCCAAUAAGCGAGAGAGAGCAGUCCAAAUCCCGAAUCCCCAAGUAGCGCAGAUCGCAUAACUAAGAGCAAAAACUAAAUAAAAUUUCAAGCUAAAUCCAAUUUACAAACUAUGAAUUUGUUUUGAACUAUUAUGCAACUAACGAUGGUGGUGUUUGCGUCUCUGAGUAGAACACACAACUUUAAACUAAACACUAUACACUAUAACUUAGUUAAUUGUUAUUAUUUUCUACUUAUUAUUUAAUUUUUACAAAAUGCAAAUGGAGAAAGCGUAAUAAGUUAAAUGAAUAAACAAACGAAAACAAAAAACUAAAAAAAGUAAACAUACAAUUAAAGCGUAAAACUCAACAAAACCAACUCAUGUGACCUCAGAAUUAAAUAAGCUAUAUAUGUAUACAUACUAUAUAU